AUGUCAGAUAAGUGGAAGAAAUCGCAGUUCCUCUUCAGACUUCUGGACGUCUCUACAUCUGUGUGGACUGAAGUCAUUGUGCAACGCCUGGCCAAGAACAAGGAGUAUCAGGGUCUGCAUCUGGUGUUCCUCCGCGGUGGUACUCAGUCGGGCAAGAUGUUUGAGAUUGGGCAAGGCGGUGCAGCCAAGGGCUGUGACACAUCCGGUAUAGACCUCCGACCCUUAGUCCGUGAUCUGUCCGGCAGGGAAUACGACAGUUGGAGCAUGCAGUUGGUAGUGGAGCUGCUCAAACAUGGCUCCAAGGUGGUAGGGCUUAGCCAGAAGGAAGGGGACACCCCCUUGCACUGUGCUGUGGAGAAUGCUCUGAGAACUGGAUGGGUGGGCCUGUUGGAGUACCUCUUCAUUCACCUUUACAAAACGAGCGAACGAAGGAACCUGCCGGACAGAUUUGGGGACUCGCUCUUCCAUCUGGUUGCCAAGAAAUCCGGCCCCGCUGCCCACGCCAAAUCGGUCGUGGACGUCCUGCGGAAGUACGGGGUCGACCCGACCAGAAAGGACCGGCGGGGAUGUAGGCCGGUGGAGCUGGUGCCGCUGACCAAUCAGCAGAUGGCUGAGAAACGAGGCUUGCUGAGCGACGUAGCCCUCGCUUGGGAACAACAUGUUAAAGUGCAGCAGAAGCAACAGCAGCAACAACAACAGUUCCAGCAACAGGCAAGGAAUAUACCGAGCCAACGCUUUCCUGGUCCCCACUUUGCAUCUGGUAACCAGACUCAGGCGCGAUACUUCCCCACAAGACCUCAGGCCAGGCCCCAGCCUCAACCCCAGCCUCAGCCCCGGGCCCAGUUCUUUGAUCCUAGCAGGAUAUUCAGCGCCUCGCCAAGGCCAAGUGACUCGACUCCGUUCUUUGAUCACUCCAAACUAUUCGGAGGCCCUCAGGUAAGCCUUUCAUUCUUUUCCAUAGCAAGGAAAAUGGUCCACAUGGGAACAAACAAACUCCCGCAGGAAUAUUAGUUUUGCACUUAUGCAAAGGAGCCAUCUUUUUUGUACCCCGCCAGCGAAGCCGAAGGGACACACUGUUUCCGUCUUGUCAGUCCUGUGGGCGUACACUACAUACACCUCUAGAACAGACAGACAAGAGGGAGAACAACAGAUUCUUUGUUGACAACAAUCGUUCAUCUUUUAUUUAAAACGGUCCUUGAUCGUGUGUUUAUGUGCCUAUUCUAUGGGAGAGUGUUAUAUUACAGAGACAAAGAAAAAGAUAAUGGCUUGUCCUCGAGAGUUAUGGAAAACACAACUACAUGUG